CGCUGGGACAGAAGGAAGAGGCAGACCCCGAGGCCCAGGCUACCGUCUUGGUGAGAUCACUCUGCGGUCACCUUAACAGAGAAACCCUUAAACCCUCAAAUCUUCCUUAUGUGUUUGAAGGAGACAAACCCCACAAGUGUGAGUUCUGCGACAAGUGCUUCAGCCGGAAGGACAACCUGACCAUGCACAUGCGUUGCCACACCAGUGUAAAGCCCCACAAGUGUCAUCUCUGUGACUACGCCGCCGUGGACAGCAGCAGCCUCAAGAAGCACCUGCGGAUCCACUCGGACGAGCGGCCCUACAAGUGUCAGCUCUGCCCGUACGCCAGCCGCAACUCGAGCCAGCUCACCGUCCACCUGCGGUCCCACACAGGGGACACCCCCUUCCAGUGCUGGCUCUGUAGCGCCAAGUUCAAAAUCAGCUCGGACUUGAAAAGGCACAUGAUCGUGCACUCGGGGGAGAAGCCUUUCAAGUGCGAGUUCUGUGACGUCCGCUGCACGAUGAAGGCGAACCUCAAGUCGCACAUCCGCAUCAAGCACACGUUCAAGUGCCUGCACUGCUCCUUCCAGGGCCGGGACCGGGCCGACCUCCUGGAGCACAGCCGGCUGCACCAGGCCGACCACCCCGAGAAGUGUCCCGAGUGCAGCUACUCGUGCUCCAGCACUGCGGCCCUGCGCGUGCACAGCCGAGUGCACUGCACUGACCGCCCGUUCAAGUGUGACUUCUGCAGCUUCGACACCAAGCGGCCCAGCAGCCUGGCCAAGCACAUUGACAAGGUGCACAGGGACGAGGCCAAAACGGAGAACCAGGCCCCGCACGGCAAGGAAGGGCCCCGAGGGAGCAGCUCCCAGCACGUGGCCAAAAUAGUGACCCAGCGGGCCUUCCGCUGCGAGACCUGCGGUGCCUCCUUCGUCAGGGACGACUCUCUGAGAUGCCACAAGAAGCAGCACAACGGCCAGAGCGAGAGCAAGAACUCAGACUUGGUCACCUUCCCGCCCGAAAGCAGUGCCCCGGGGCAUCUGGGCACCCUCUAGUUGAGCCACCGACGGUGGUCGGCUGUCCGAACGCCAGACAGAUGCCGCGGUCCCGCCCUCCGAGUGGAGGCCGCCAAGCCAGACUUGUCACCAGCUCUGGGGACGGAUGCUCCAACUUUAUAGGCCCUCAAGGCCAUGGCCGCGGGUCACUGGCGUGAGAACCGACGCCAAAGCAACAGCGUGGACACACCCCUCCACGUUGCUGUCUUUCCUCCAAACAUCGGCUCCGCAAGUCGACCAAGUCGUUCCAAGGUUGGGGGGGGUGGGGGGUCCACUGCGCACCGCUCUAUCCCAGAGGGAUAGUUUCGUGAUGGAUUCCGAUCCUAAAACUGAUCCACCUCCAAUGGAAUUAUGAAACUGUUCAGACCACGUGGAGAACUAAACUGAUGUGUAUAGUGGGGAAGGCUAAGAUGGCGGCGGGGGUGCGUUACGUGGAGGACCUGGGGCAUCUGGGAAAGUUCUAUUUCUUAACCUGGGUGGUGGUGAUGAGUGUUUGCCUUAUGCAUUCGUGUGGUUCCUUUUAUCAUUGUCUUACAAUAAAAAGGCAGACUCAGCUGUAGAAUGACGUAA